UAUACGGAUGAAAAGCGAAACUCAGCCCAGUCUCCUCCUUCCUUCUGUGCUCAAGAUGGCUGCUACAAGGAGGUUAACCAAGGAACUGAAUGAUAUAAGAAAUUCUGGUUUAAAAGUCUUCCGGCAAAUUCAAGUUGAUGAGUCAAAUAUUCUAUAUUGGCAAGGGUUAAUUGUUCCUGACAAGGUUCCAUAUAAUAAAGGCGCUUUUAAAAUAGAAAUCAAUUUUCCAGCAGAAUAUCCUUUUAAGCCACCAAAGGUAACCUUCAAAACUAAAAUUUAUCAUCCAAAUAUUGAUGAGAAAGGUCAAGUUUGUUUACCAAUAAUUAGCCCAGAAAACUGGAAGCCUGCUACUAAAACUGAGCAAGUGAUUCAGGCACUGGUUGCAUUGGUACAUGACCCUGAACCUGAGCAUCCACUGCGUGCUGAUCUUGCGGAGGAGUACACUAGAAAUCGAAGACAGUAUGAAAAGAAUGCAGAAGAAUUCACAAAAAAAUAUGCGGAAAAACGACCUGCAGAAUAGACGUCAAAGUUUGCAAUCCAUCCUUUGUAUCAAUCUAGCAGAAGGGACAAGAAGAUAGACUUUUGUAUCAUGUUUGGUUGCAUUUGUUGAACGUAGUAUAUAAUCUAUAAGAUGAUGUCACACAAAUUAAGAACACUGUUACUUUUUAGCAGGCCUUAGUAAGGCUUAUUACAUGAUUAGUUAGCAAGACCAGUAUGGGUAGACAGAAUAAUUCAUGGCGCAAA